AUGGUUGACGACGUCAUCCGCGCCGUCCCUGAGUACCUGGGGCGAUCAUCACCGUUGCAUCAACGGUUCAUGGAGCUGCAGGAGGUCUUCACGUCCACCAAUCUCGAGGUGCAAGGGAUCCACGAGGUGCGGUGGCUUUCAAGGGGUGCUGCAGUCGCCCGCUUUGUCGAGGUCCUCCCUGCCAUCGUGGUGAUGCUAUUAGAGUGGAAAGACCAGACAAUGUACGAGCUUGUCACGUCCUACCGGUUUCAGUUCCUGCUACGGUUCCUCGCGGACGUUCUGGAGCUCCUCAACAUCCUCUCCAAGGGUUUCCAGCAGCGAGAGCUCGACUACCCCUUGGUGCAUACGCAGAUUUUGCGCACAACGUCUCUCUUGGACAGCCGGUACAUCGACUACGGAGACGACUUCGGCGGCGGCCCCAACGAGCGGCUUUAUCGCUUAAUUGAAAAGCACGGACCGAAGGGGUCACCAGAGAUGGUGGUGGAAGGCGCGUCGUCGGAUGGGAGCCUCAACCGCUUCAAGGUCACCCUACACGAGCGCAGAGUGGCGAACUAUCUUGGGCCAGGUCAUUACGACGCGUGUGUGGCGCUCUGCGCCGACAUGGCCGAGCUCCUCGUCCAACAGCUCCAGUCAAAGCUCGGCGACCUCGACUCUCUUUCCGGCGUGCGAAUUUUCAUUCCUAACUUGUGGCAACUGAAUUGGGAAAGGCACGCGCGGCAGGCACAGUGCCUUGAGUGGCUGUUGUCGCUAGUCACUCUGUUUCGCGCCGAUGACUCGGACGAGAUUCUACCAGGUCAGUUCAUGAUUGCCCGCUCGUUCGACCAUUGA